UUGCAAGACCAGCAUAAAAGCAGGGACUGUCAAUCCUAAGAUUCCUCCACACUUUAUUCUCUCCCAGCUUCACAUGUAUUUAGGCUACUCACAAUUUCACCUCUAAAGACCCAGGUUUUUGAAGGAGAUAGACAGAGCCCUCCAGUCCAGUCUCUCCCUCCUCCCUUCCUCCAACUUUACCUUCUGGCUCUUCCUCCCUCCCUUCACACACACGCUCACAUAAACAUACAGAGACACACAAGAAGCCCUGUGAAAGCUUAGACUAGUGGUAGCAUAGCAUCACAUUUUGUUCUUCUUCCUUUGCUUCAGGAGGCAGUUAGGACAUUGGUGUUACCGGGCUCUUUCCUCCAAACAGAAUCCAGAUUUUGUUCUCAUCCUCAAUUCUCUCAUCUCUCUCCCUCCCUCCCUCCCUCUCUCUGUCCAUCAAAUCACAAGCUUUGUUUAUAGAAAACAAACAGUUGUCUCUGCCUCUGCUUGGCUUCUUCUACCUGCUUCGGCUGUCCAUUUUUGCAGCAAGCAACAGUCUCUUCGGCUGCAUGAGUGUUCCCCCGAGCAACAAUGAGAGAUGGCAGCAACACCACCAAGAAGAGCAGGCUCUCGUGGUCCAAGAGCUUGGUGAGGAAGUGGUUCAACAUCAGGAGCAAGGCCCAUGAUUUCCAUGCCGACGAUGUAGCUGCAGUUGGGAGGACAGGAGGGGGCGAUGAUGAGUGGAGGGGCAGCAGCUUCACCAGGAGGGAGCCUAGCACAGUCAAGAAGAGCAAGACAGAGAGGUCCUCGAGAAGGAGCAAUGGGCACUCGAGGCGGGGCAAGAUUGACCUUGACGCCGCUGAAGCUACAGUGACAUUGGACUAUAGUAGGAUAUUUGUUGCUACAUGGAAUGUUGGUGGCCGUUCCCCACCAAAUAACAUGAGUCUUGAGGACUGGCUCCAUGCUGCACCUCCUGCCGACAUCUAUGUCCUCGGGUUUCAAGAAAUCGUCCCGCUGAAUGCUGGGAACGUUCUUGGGACAGAGGACAAUGGCCCAGCAAGGAGGUGGGUGUCACUGGUCAGGAGGACACUGAACAAUUUGCCAGGCACUAGUGGCAAUGGGAGCUUCCGGACACCGUCUCCGGCACCUAACCCAGUGGUGGAGAUAGAUGAUGACUUUGAGGGUUUGUCGUCGAGGCAGAACAAUGCACCAUUCUUUCAUCGUCGGUCUUUCCAGGCUGGGCUUAGCCGGAGUUUGAGGAUGGAGGGCGACAUUCUUGCUCCCCAGCCAAGGCUGGAACGUCGGUACAGUGUCUGUGACAGAGCAAUCUAUGGCCAUAGGCCUAGUGACUAUGAGAACACCUGCCGGUGGGGUGGAUCAUCAGAUGAUGAAAAUAAUACCGGAGAGUCACCGAGUACAGUGUAUUCACCAAUGUCAUAUGGAUAUGGUAAUACAUCCUCUCUGGAAGACAGUCAGAGACGAGCUGGUCAUACUAGAUACUGUCUGGUGGCAAGCAAACAAAUGGUGGGAUUGUUUCUGAUGAUUUGGGCUCGGAAAGACAUAAGGGAUGACAUAAGAAAUCUGAAGGUUUCUUGUGUUGGGAGAGGACUGAUGGGCUACCUUGGGAAUAAGGGUUCAAUUUCGAUUAGCAUGUCAUUGCACCAAACAAGCUUCUGCUUCGUCUGCAGCCACCUGACUUCAGGACAGAAGGAAGGUGAUGAGCUGCGCAGGAACUCUGAUGUACUGGAAAUCAUCAGAAAGACCAGGUUUCCAAUGGUCUAUGGGCAGUAUGAGCGUUCACCAGAAACCAUCUUCGAGCAUGAUCGAAUCAUCUGGCUCGGGGACCUAAACUACCGAAUUGCGCUUUCCUAUCGGUCAGUGAAGGCCCUUGUGGAGAUGCGCAAUUGGAAAGCAUUGCUGGAGAAAGAUCAGCUAAGGAUCGAGCAAAGAGGUGGACGAGUAUUUGUUGGGUGGAGUGAGGGGAAUAUAUAUUUCCCCCCAACAUACAAGUACUCGAACAAUUCUGACAAGUACGCCGGAGAUGACAUGAACCAGAAGGAAAAGAGGAGAACUCCAGCAUGGUGCGACCGUAUCUUAUGGUAUGGAAGAGGCCUUGGUCAACUGUCAUAUGUACGAGGUGAAUCUCGCUUUUCGGACCAUAGGCCAGUCUACAGCGUCUUCAGUGCAGAAGUGGAAUCAAUCAAUCAUAGCCGGAUCCAAAAGAUGAGUUGCUCAAGUUCUCAACUGGACAUUGAAGAACUGCUGCCUUACUCAUAUGGAUACACUGACAUCAACCCCUACGGAUACACCGACUUAAACUUCUACUGAAAGAGUUCAAGGAUUUCAGUCUUCAGGAUCCUCUGAAUGUUGAAUCCUAUAACUAGCGAUGAAAAGGUUGUAUUGUGGAUGAAGAUCCAAAAUUUAUUGGACCUAAGCUUCAGCUUCUGAUAGUCAGUAAGCGCUAUCCAUAUAUCAUGAUCAGUACAGUCGAUUCGCUCAGCAAUCAAGAACUGGCUGAAUUUAGUAAAAUGGAAGACCUGCACAUUGGGCAUCUUCAGAAGUGCUCGGAUGGUAUGCAAUAUUUAAGUAAUCGAGACAAGGUGAGGGCCAUGUUCUCUGAACUCUGAACAAAAGUUACAUACUGCAACAAGGGGCGUGGUUCACUGACUUACAGCAAAACCGUUCGUUUUUGGGGCAGACAGUACGAUAUUCAAUCAUAAGCUCAGAAGACUUUGGUCACAGCAAAGAUACUACUGACAGCAGCGGCAAGCGUGCACUAGAUAUAUGCUUCUUUUUUAACCUGUACAUUGUAGGGCAACAUUUUCAGACAAUAACGACAAGCAGUCCUUUGCAUAGUUUACUUCUCUGGUUAUAUUAAAGCUGUAAAAAAGGCCCAUGAACGCCUGCAUCGCUCGUAUCAUUUCCAUGGAUGGAAAAAAGGAUGUGUGGGCCAUCAUUGCCAUGUUUUUGUUU